AGAAGCAGAGAGAGACUCCGAUUAGGGCUUCAAUUGGGAUCAAUCGGAGCCAGGUGAUUGGUGACUAUCGUUGUCAUACUAGCUGUCCUUUCAAGAGUAGAAAGCCUGUAUGAGAAGGAAAUUUACGAACUUUAUCAAAAACAGAUAAAUUAAGUAUUAUAUGCUACUAUGGAGGACAGUGAAAGUGAAAAAGCCUUCUCAAAUAGAGACGUUUAUAUUGGAAAGUUUAAGGGAAUUCUACCACAUGGUAAGGGUAAAUAUGCAUGGUCUGAUGGAACAGUCUACGAGGGGGACUGGGAAGAAGGAAAAAUGACAGGCAAGGGACAGAUGAUUUGGACAUCAGGAGCACAAUAUGUUGGUGAUUUCUCUGGCGGUUACCUUCAUGGUUUUGGCAUGUUUACUGGACCCGAUGGUUCUUUUUAUCAAGGUUGUUGGAGGAUGAAUAUUCAGCAUGGGAUUGGGAAAAAGCAGUAUUCUAAUUCAGAUAUAUAUGAAGGAUCAUGGAAGGAAGGAGUACAUGAAGGUAAUGGUAGAUACUCUUGGAAUAGUGGCAAUACGUAUGUAGGGAGUUGGAAAGGUGGGAAAAUGUGUGGUAGAGGGGUCAUGAAAUGGGACAAUGGGGAUCUUUUCAAUGGCUUCUGGUUAAAUGGGUUAAGAGAUGGAUCUGGAAUUUAUAGGUUUGCAGAUGGGGGAUACUAUUUUGGAACAUGGAGUCGUGGGCUAAAGGAUGGGAAAGGCACGUUCUAUCCAGCUGGAACUAAACAUCCAUCCUUAAAGAUGUGGUGCAGCUCUCUAGGUUAUUAUGAUGAUGGAAAAGGUUUGUCGUCUGGAUCAUUGCUAAAUUCAGAAGAAGGCAAGGCAAAACCAAGUGUAAAGCGUAGUGUUUCUGAGAAAUUGUCUGUUGGUGGAAUUUUAAGAAAUUCAAGUCGUAUAUCACACAAAUGUACUUCGUUAGAUAAAAACUGGACCCAUUUGGAUCCUGCUAAAGAAUUUCUGAGGUAUGGCUCUUCUCAUUCAUUGUCCCAUACCUCCGAGGAUGGUCAACAGGAGGCGCAAGAUAACAAUUCUUUAGUCUAUGAGCGAGAAUACAUGCAAGGGGUCUUGAUCAAAGAAAAAGUUAAGAAUAAUAUGGAGAUUUCAAAGAAAGGUAAACAACGUAAAAUAAUUUCAGUGCAAGAAGCAAAGAAGUCCUGCAUAGACCUUUUGGGAGGCAAUAGGAGCUAUUAUUUAAUGCUCAAUCUGCAACUUGGUAUCAGAUACACUGUUGGGAAGAUCACACCAGUUCCUGUACGUGAAGUUCGAUCUUCGGAUUUUGGAGAUCGAGCAAGAAUAAGGAUGUAUUUUCCCAGAAAGGGCUCUCAGUUUACACCUCCACAUUAUUCGAUUGAUUUUUCUUGGAAAGACUAUUGCCCUAUGGUCUUCAGGAAUUUAAGGGAGAUGUUCAAAUUAGAUGCAGCAGAGUACAUGAUGUCCAUUUGUGGUGAUGACGGCUUAAGAGAGCUCUCGUCUCCAGGGAAAAGUGGCAGUCUCUUCUAUCUUUCUCACGAUGAUAGAUUUGUGAUCAAGACUUUAAAGAAAUCUGAACUGAAGGUUCUGCUCAGGAUGCUGCCUAGCUAUUAUUGCCAUGUAGGAGAACAUGAAAACACGCUAAUAACAAAGUUUUUUGGGCUCCAUAGAAUAACAUUAAAAACUCGAAGAAAGGUACGCUUUAUGGUCAUGGGGAAUAUGUUUUGCACUGAAUUACGAAUACAUCGCCGUUUUGAUUUGAAGGGUUCAACUCUUGGAAGAUGCACAGAUCCAGAUAAGAUAAAAGAAAAUACUACAUUGAAAGAUCUUGAUCUGCCAUUUGAAUUUCAUAUGGACAAAUUAUUGCGAGAGUCCCUUUUUAAACAAAUAUCACUAGACUGCAAGUUCUUAGAAUCUCAGCAGAUAAUCGAUUAUAGCCUUCUGUUGGGAUUACAUUUUAGAGCUCCUGAGAACCUCAAGGCCUUUUCACAGCCUCCUGAUGAUGAGAGUUUACCUACAGGUGUGACUGUAGGGGGGUUUUCGAUUCCUCCUAAAGGUCUUGUACUGGUAACCCAUGAACCUGGCUCUGUGAGUACUGCUCCAGGUCCUCAUAUCAGAGGAAGUACGUUGAAAGCAUAUUCUCUUGGUGACCAAGAAGUUGAUCUUUUACUGCCUGGUACUGGAAGGUUACGAGUGCAAUUGGGAGUAAACAUGCCAGCUCAGGCCAAUCAUAAGGUUCCGCAGGAUGAUGCUGAUUCAACAGACGUAGAACUGUUUGAAUUUUAUGAUGUGGUCCUGUAUAUGGGCAUAAUUGAUAUAUUGCAGGAAUACAAUGUGAAAAAGAAACUAGAGCAUGCGUACAAAUCAUUGCAGUUUGAUCCUCUAACCAUUUCUGCUGUUGAACCCAAGCUGUAUGCUAAACGUUUCAUCAAUUUCUUGGAGAAAGUUUUCCCUGACAUAGCAUAAUGUUUUCUCUGUUCGUUUUUAUAGUCAUCCUUGCCAUAUAGGAAAAGCUGUGUCUCUUUGUAUGUUAAAUUCUUUUCCACCUAAUUGUAAAGUUAUAUUGUUAUAGAUAUAACCCAGAUGUUCUGUUUCAGCAUAAGAAUGGUAAUUAAUAUUCAAUAUCUAUUUGUGAGAUUGAAAUGGAAUCUCACACUUUAUG